GAUAGAUAGAGUCAUAAUAAAGUAUCUCCUGGCCAGAAAUACAAGAUUAUUUGGGUAACUCCCACAAAUUUGAGGUUAUGUCUCCUUGACAAUCAAAACGAGAACCGCUGAUGAAGCAGGAGCUAGCAGAGUUGGUAAAUCCCAUGGGGAAGUACACUUUCAAGCUUGGAGACUCAUUCAGCAGCUACAAGGAGUUGGAGGAGCGUCUGGAAGCCCACAGUAAAGAGAGUUUUGUGACUUACUGGCGCAGGGAUACAAGAACCGUCCAGGGAGCGCAGAGGAAGACAUCCAGGCCUAUAUCUAGUGAUCUAAUCUACUAUUCCUUGCGCCUGGCAUGUGUCUUUGGUGGUCAGAAGUUCUCCACGCGUGGCCAGGGGAAGAGAAGCUGUCAGACACUGAGAUCUGACUGCCCGGCAUAUAUCACACUGAGGGCAUCCAAAUGUGGCCAGAAACUCGAAGUUAUAUCCCUGUGCAACACGCAUAACCAUGAGCUAUCAGAGAAACUCAAUAAAUCCCUGGCGAAAAACAGGAAACUCUCUCCGGAAAUGAAGGAGGAAGUUUUGCUGUUGCUGGCAACAAAUGUGACCAGAAGUUUCAUAAUUGAGUACAUCAAAAUAAAGACUGGGAAGGAGCUGACGAAGAAAGAUCUCUUCAAUAUGGCAGCAAGUUCCAGGAGGAAGGAACAGAAAGUGGAAUCUCAGACCAAAGUGGCAGAAACGCUGCAAAAUAUGAAAAACUUUCUCCUCAAUCACUCAGCCAUGUACCAAAAAUUCCAGGAAAAUUGUGAGGGGACCCCAGGUCAGAAAUUUGACGAUUCAGACACCUUUCUCGAUGAUACAGUCAUCAUAUCAUCUCCUGACACCACGGACAUUGAUGUCGAGACCUCAGAAGCUUCUUCGGUUCUGGGAAUAAUUCCGGAUAACUCUCAAUCAGGGCAGUACAUUGAAUUCACAAUGUCAGAGGCAUUUCCAGAAGAUGCAGAUAUCAUUCAGUAUCUCUCAGAGGGGCCAAUUGAGAAGCAAGAGACAAAGGAGAAGCCACCACGAAGGAGGAAACGCUGGAAAAAUGCCUGCUAUUGCCGCUGCCGAGGAGCCUCGGUGAAACUUCUGGAAAUGAGAAUGAAGUUCCUGAGGCUAAAGUGCCGAAAGAUGCAGCUGGAGCUAAAGGAGCUUAAGAAAAAGAAAAACAUCUUCCAGGACAUUCAGUAUUCAUCAUUUCAACUCUAGAGAUACAAUCAAAUCAAAGAGAUCCUUCAGCAUUUUCUGUUCCAGCUGCCGUGAUUUGCUAUAACACUCCUUCACAGCUUCCUGACAGUCAGCCUCGGCCUGCAGCAGUGCAAUCAUCUGGGAAGAACUCUGCAGGAAAGACAUAAAAAUCAGAAAAUAGAAAGCUCUCUUUUGACC